AUGGCUGUCACGGCAGAGAAUCUCAACGAUGACAAGGGUCCAAAGAUCCUAGCAGUAUUAUGGACCUUGACGGGCCUAACAGCCCUCAUAGUUGCCGCUAGGAUGUUUAUUCGCUUGCGACUACUCAAAAACUUUGGCAUCGAUGACUAUCUCAUUGUAAUCUCAAUGGUGAUGAGUUUUGCCUAUUGUGGCGUGACAACAGCUGGUGUCAAUGUAGGGUUUGGAAAGCAUGCAGCAGCCUUGACGCAGGAGAAUUUUGAGCUUGCCAUUCUGCUCAAUACUGUCAGCUUCUUGUUCGGCAUUGUAUCAUUCACAAUCCCCAAAUUGGCCGUUACUGCCAUGUUGACUCGGAUCCUGAAUCCGGGUUUGCCCCAGAAGAUCUGGCUGUGGCUCUUGGUUGGAACUGCAGCUGCUGUUUCCUGCAUCUGUAUCAUCAUUCUCUUCACAAUGUGUGAUCCACCGGAAGCCCUGUGGCAUGUUCACUUGGUGACAGAAGACGGAGCUACAUGCAAGAGUGUGUGGAUGCUCGUGGAUUAUGCCAUCUUUACUGGAGCGUUAUCUGCCUUUGUUGAUCUUUAUCUUGCCUUUUACCCUAUCACAACACUUUUAAAACUACACAUGUCUUUACGAAAGAGGCUCGCUCUCUGUGCCGCUCUGGGUCUUGGGUCAAUCGCAUGCGCAAUGGCAAUCAUCAAAUGCACGCAGCUAAAAGGCCUUGCAGACAAGUCCGACUAUACUUAUGGAACAGCAGACCUCGUUAUGUGGACCAACAUCGAAGCCAACGUCGUCGUGAUCGCCUCCUGCAUCCCAACUCUCCAACCUUUGCUCGAACUUAUCAUGGGAAAACGAACCCUGGGCUCUUACAGUAACAGCGGUAAAUACAAGCAGACCGGCGGUAACUACAACACCGGCACAUUCGACCGCAGUAAACGAUCUGCGGUGAAAGACGAUCUGGCUAUCACGAACAUCGAGGGCAAGGAGAGUCAGGAGAGUAUCCUGCGGGACGAUCAGCUCCAUCAGGAUAGGGCCUUCCCAAUGGGUGCGAUUAGGCGUACGGAUAAUGUUACUGUGGAAUAUGAGGCGCGAUCACAGUCGCGGUCCGCUCAUGGGCAUCAUACUGAAAGUGGCUCUUGGUAG